AUGUCUCAAAACCCGCUUCAAAAUAACCAAAAUAACCUCUCUCCUACAAAUGCUGGUGGAAACCUCGCCAGACAAAACCAACUGGGAAGACCCAGACAAAAUUUUGUCAAUCCUAACUUUAGGCCUCAAGAAGUUUAUCUUGAUAAUGGAAGAACGACCUUACAAAGACCACUAGUAAAUAAUGGUAGAACAAUUAAUCCUCAAGUUAGAACCAUAAAUCCCUCAGCCAUUUCACAAUUGAGACACAACCAAAUGCUCGCUUCAAAUUAUACAUCUAUACAAGAAAGGGUGGCCGCACAAAACCAGAUCGGACUGACAAAUAGCAUGUUGUCCCAGGUUCGACCACCGUUCAAUAAUUUGUCAACUCAGGAAACUUCCGCGGAAAGCAUUAAUUCUCAGGCUGGUUCUUUACACGAUCAGUCUACUGUAAAUAGUAUAAAUCCUAAAAGUAAUAUUAGUAAUCAACCUGCAAAUAUUCAAACCGUUCAAGCAGGUCAGUCUGCAAAUAAUUCUACUAUACAGAUGAAUCAUUCUUCUGUAAAUCAAGGCAUUAUGUCUCUAAAUAUCACAACAGGUCAACAAAGACAUUCUGUAAAUAAUCUAACAUCUCAAACUAUAGUUUCAGCUAACAUAGCAGAUCAAAGCGUAGCAUCAACAUCGCAACCACAAAAUCGGCUUACUCUUGAAGAGAGAAAGAAGUUAACACAGGGAUCCAAGCAUCUAAUGCCACCUCGUAAACGGCCUCCACCCAAAAAGCCAGUUCAACCUCCAAUAGAGAAAAAACUUGUUAAAGAAUUUGUUAUAACUGGCUCGAUAAUUAACGCAAUGAAGAAAGUAAAUCUUAUGAGAUUACAUCGAGGAAAUAAUGUGUUAGAUAAGUUUCAACCCCCAGUAAAGCUUCAUCGACGAGAUCCCGAAGCACCUGCUCCGAGCGCCGGAAAUACUCGUCAAAUUGAAGUUGCCGCCGAUGUACCACCCUCAAAAAUAACACAGCAAACUGCAAUUCCUAUCACUGGUGCAGAUACUUCUAAAAUUGCACCGUUCGCCGGUGCUAGACAUAACAAGAAAAAUUUAUUCAAGAAAAGAACCACACAAAUUUAUUUGGCUGAUGAUAGGCAAAGACAGCUUAAAGCUGAAGAACGAUUACCAUGGGUAUUGGAGGACUAUGAUGGUACUCAUACAUGGGUUGGCCAUUUCGAAGAAACUGAUGCAAAAUAUGGAUUCUUGAUAAAAGAUAGACUAGAUGAUAAUAAGCUUAGAUUCCUUCCUUCGCAUCGGUGGUAUACAUUCCGUCCACAAAUUAAGUACAAGACUCUUACAAUCGAAGAAGCAGAAGAGGAGAUGGCAAGAGCUAAAAAGAGAGAUAAUGAUCGCUGGAUGAUGCGGAGGUGGGGUAAACAAAAUGAAAAGGAGAAAAAAAUAGCCGAGGAAGAAGGCGGCAUUAUUAAUCUCAAGGCUUCAUUGAGGACUGUCGAGAAUGAGGAUGAUUUAUUCGGUUCUGAUGACGAAGGAAAUGUCAAAAGACCAAGGAGAGGGAUUGAAAGCGAUGAAGAGAUGGAAUAUGAGCAGGUUUUUGAGGAUGAUGAAGAAGAAUUGCCCGAUGAUGCUAACCCUAUUGAUGAAGAAAACGCAGAAGUCGUCAAGUUAAAGAAAAGAGCCAUCCACAAACCUACGUCUCUUGAGGAUGAAGAUGAGGAAGAAGAUCCUUCUCUUAAAUUAACUCAGGAAGGAAUGCAAUUAAAGAAGUUGGUCAGAAAAUUAGAUGCCAAUGAAGCUUACGACGAUAGUGAUCAGGAAUCGAAUCCUUAUGCUAGUGAAUUUGAUGAAUCUGAAGAAGAAUCAAGUUCAGAAUCUCCUGCGAGAACUCCGGUUAUUGGAGCUGCUGGUACUAAACCCACUCCUACCGUGAAGACUGAUAAAGGCAAAUCACCUGCUAAACCUAAGACGGCCGUCAAAGCUACCGGAAAAGUGAAAGCAAUUGCGACCCCUAAACCGAAAGCGACCGCUGAAAAACCGAAAGGUAAAGCUACUGCGGCUAAAACAAAAUCAACAUUAACUAAAUCUAUUCCUCAAAGCAAGAUCAAAAGUACAACUAAAUUGUCGACUGGUGAAGAAGCACCUGUGAAAACCAAAUUUAAAAGUAGUGAUAAACCUAGCAUGAAUCAAAUUUCUGGAUCCAUGCCACAAAGGUCAUCUCUCGGAAAGAGAUCGACUAUGUACGAACCUUCAUCUGAUGAUGAUAGGCCUACUACAACUCAUAAACGGUUUAGACAAAAUGAAACUGCUAUAUCUUCAACUGCUACUUCAAAUACAAUCAGUCGUCCAGCAAGUAUGAACGUUUCUUCUACUGUACGUACAACUACUGGCGACAUUAAACGAGUUCGUGAAGUUAAGGAACCUAUACCUACCACAGGUAAGAAAGCCCGAACUGAAAAACCAAUUUCUGGUUCUCAAGCAGCGGCUCAAAGUGCUGCUCUUUCUAGCAGCUCACGUGCAGACUCCUCUAGAUUGAUCUCAGAAAGAGAAGUUCGGCAAAUAAUCAGCAAGAAUCGCGAACUUACAGUGCCCACAAUUAUCAGAACGUUCCGUAAGAGAAUCCAGGAGGAUUUACGCAAUCGGGAUCUCCUUCUCGAGAUCACUAAGAACGUAGCUGUUCUUAAGGAUGGUUGCCUCGUCUUGAAAGAUAAGUGGGGGAAAUAA